AUGGCGACGGCGAUGCUGAGCAAGGAGGAGAGCGCGUCGCCUGGCAAUCAGUCGCGCGAGGUAUCGCCACAUUCGAGCCCGAUAUCCCACGAUCAGGAUGGCGGCAUGGCGAAGAAGAGCAAUGGCUACAUACAGUCGCCGCUUCGAUCGUCGCAGCGUAUCAGCAGCACCAUCACGGCCAGCGACUUACCGGAUGUACCCUCUGGAUCCGUCGACAGUCCGCGACCUAAGACAGGAACGAACAGCAUACACUUCGGCAGUGCAGACCUCUCUCCCCACGCGCAAUCCGGCUUUCAAGAUACAAAGUCGGAGGACAUGAGGAAUGGGUUUAGCAGUGGGGAGGUGUCUCCCAAGCGGGUGCCGCGUAAGAGACCACAAACAGCGGGUACAGCAACCCCUCCCGAGAGGAAGAGUGUACAAUUCGCACGAGGGAACACAGACGAGGAGCCCGCAUCACUUGCCACGAGGCCGACAUGGGAGACAGAUGAUGAAGCAGUCGAGGAGAUGCCGGUCAAGGAACGACAAGGCAGCUUCUUUGGCAAGCUUAGAGCACUAGGUUCCUCCUCCCACAUCCGCAACCCAAGCAGCACCGUGGGGUCACCGACUCCGAACGUAGCGUUGUCUCCUCAGUCCGAGCGAAGCGAGCCUUCGUACCCUAUGGAACCCAGCGAGGGCGCCGAGGCCGAUCUAGAGGAAGAAGCCGAAUCCGAGCGUGACGAGGAAGGCGACAACGAGACUGCUAUACAGCCAAGGAGGCGGCGGAAGAGCAAGCGCCCUCGGAUGAGUGGAUCAGAGUCCAAUACUUCUACACCGAAGCAGAAUCGUUUCGAGGCACGCUUUGCUUCCUUUUUACGAGAUCAGCCUUCGUCGCAUGACCCCCAAAGGGGCGGUAAUACUCUUCGAAGACGCAAUACCAUGUCCGACGACAGUGGUGCGGAAAGGGAGAACAACGCCGGCGUCUCAGAAGAUGAAGGCAGAGACCGCAUACGAACUGCGUGGCGAAGAGGCAUCGAAGGCGCAAGAGGACUUAGCUAUGCCGCUCGCAAACCUUCCGAGACUCAAUCACCGGACGCGCGCCGACCAGGAGGUCAUCUACGGCGCAUCACUGGCUUGGGAGGUGGGAACGUCGAUGGAGCGGCCGACUCGCCUCUUCGGUUGAAACCAGACCGCCAGACGACGAGCAGCGCUCAGAAAUGGCGACAAGUCAAAGCAGGGCUCAAGAUGCUGGGUCAGAGGAGGCGAGACGAGAGACUGCGGGUAGACCAUCAGAAGAGCGCACAGCUCAUGGCAGAGCUACUGGCGGGAGCACCGGCAGCAUUGGUCUUUGCAAGCAUGUUCCAGCGCGACGAGCACAAUCACCGCAAGAUCCCGGUGCUACUAGAACAGCUGAAGAUCAGGAUUCCGGACUCAGGAAUAAGGAAAGAGAGCAGCGGCGAUCGACAUUUGGUGUUCAAGGUCGAUCUCGAAUACGGCAAUGGUCCAGCGCGCUUGAAGUGGACUAUCUGGAGAACUCUGAAUGAUUUCGUCAAUCUACAUGUCAAGUAUCAGGCUCAAUCUGCGAGAGACAGAGUGAUACACCCAAGAGGUGGCGCCGGAGACAAGAAGCGGGCGAGAAUGCCACAUUUUCCAAGAAGCGCAUUCCCUUUCGCAAGAAGCUGGCGAGGGCUGUUCGACAAUUUGGUAGACGAGGAAAGUGAAGAGGAGCACGAACCAGAACAGCAAAUGCCAAUGACUCCCGGAGCUUACACGCCAGGUAUACUCGGUAUGGACGCUUUGGAAGGCUUGCCAGAAAGUCCUACGACUCCUGGGGGAUAUCCAUUUACACCGGGACCCGGACUACCUCCCGCGACGCCUGGGCCUAAAAACCCCAUGCAGACACCUGGUUUCGGCCCCCCCUCAGUGAUGAAGCACAAACGUAGGAAGUCGUCCGUCUUCGCACCCGCUGCGCUUCGAAGGAGUAGCACAGCGGAACUCGGGCCCCUGCCAGAGAACCCUGAUGAGCUGGAUAACAGGCAGAAGGAGCUUUACAACAAGAGGCAACGGCGAAAGCUUGAGACAUAUCUCCAGCAGAUGAUUCGAUGGCUCAUCUUCCGCGCUGACAGCACUCGAUUGUGCAAGUUCCUGGAGCUGUCCGCGCUGGCUAUCCGCCUGAGUGCAGAAGGUGGCUUCCAAGGCAAGCAGGGGCUCUUGACUAUCGCCAGUCGACGCCAACAGGAGCUCAGGCAUAGACCGCUGGCUCCGAAGGCGAUCGCUGAUCGGCAUCGGCCGAGAUGGUUCCUGGUCAGGCAUUCGUACAUUGUCUGCGUGGAUGGACCAGAGAGUCUGAACCCAUACGACGUGUUCCUGGUCGACUCGAGCUUCCGGACAGAAAAAGAGAAGAAAAAGAUUUCUGACGCGAAGACGCCCAACCAAAUGGCCAAGGUCGCUGUCGAAAAGAGCGGCGAGGCUGCCGCGCGUGUGCCUGGUCACACAAAGCACCUGAUGAUACGGCUGUACAACUCUGAGCGGAAGCUUAAGCUGCUUGCCAGGACGGAGAGGCAAUACAUGCAGUUCCAAGAGAGUCUUAAUCUGAUGAUGGAGGCGACUGUGUGGAGCAAGAAGCAGCGCUUUGCUUCUUAUGCGCCUAUCCGAAGCAAUGUCUGGUGUCGAUGGCUGGUCGAUGGGAGAGAUCACAUGUGGCAGGUCUCGCGCGCGAUCGACAAUGCGAAGGACUUCGUCUACAUUCACGACUGGUGGUUGUCGCCUGAGCUGUACAUGCGAAGACCGGCUGCGAUCUCGCAGAAGUGGCGGCUGGAUCGGUUGUUGCAGAGGAAGGCCGAGGAGGGUGUCAAGAUCUUCGUGAUCGUUUACAGGAACAUCGAGUCUGCUAUCCCUAUCGACUCGGAAUAUACGAAGUGGAGCUUGCUAGACCUGCACGAGAACAUCUGCAUCCAGCGCAGUCCGAACCAGUUCCGACAAAAUCAGUUCUUCUGGGCUCACCACGAGAAGCUGGUGGUCGUUGACAACAUGAUGGCGUUCGUGGGCGGUGUGGAUCUCUGCUUUGGUCGAUGGGAUGAUCCAUGUCACUCGCUGACGGACGACAAGCUUACUGGGUUUGAGCUGAGCCACGAAGGUCCGAGAGACAGCGAGCACUGCCAAGUUUGGCCUGGCAAGGACUACAGCAAUCCACGCAUCCAGGACUUCUAUGCUCUCGACCGACCCUACGAAGAGAUGUACGAUCGGACGAAGGUGCCGAGAAUGCCAUGGCACGAUAUCGCGAUGCAGAUCGUUGGUCAGCCGGCACGUGAUGUUGGCCGACACUUCGUUCAGCGGUGGAACUACAUUCUGCGGUCGCGGAUACCAUCCCGACCGACACCUGUGCUAAUUCCACCUCCCGAAUACGAACAGUUGGAGCUCGAGAAUCUAGGCAUGACCGGUACUUGCCAGGUGCAGAUCCUCCGCAGCUGUUCUGCUUGGAGCAUCGGCACGCCUGGCAAGACAGAGCACAGCAUCAUGAACGCCUACUGCCAUCUCAUCUCGACGAGCCAGCACUUCGUGUACAUUGAGAAUCAGUUCUUCAUCACUUCCUGCACGGUCGAGGGAGCUACGAUCCACAAUAAGAUCGGCGACGCCUUGGUCGAGCGCAUCAUCCGUGCUCACGACGAGGGCGAAGACUGGGGCUGCUGCAUCGUCAUCCCGCUCAUGCCCGGUUUCCAGAACAGCGUCGACAGCCAAGACGGCACGAGCAUACGGCUGAUCAUGCAGUGCCAAUUCCGCUCGAUCUGCCGUGGCGACACGAGCAUUUUCGGCAGGCUGAGGGAUAAGGGCAUUCAUCCUGAAGACUACAUCCGCUUCUACUCGCUUCGGCAAUGGGGCAAGAUUGGGCCAAGGAAGUGCUUGACGACUGAGCAGUUGUACAUUCAUGCCAAAUGCAUGGUUGUAGACGACCGAUCUGUCAUCAUUGGGUCUGCGAACAUCAAUGAGCGGUCUAUGCUGGGUUCGCGUGACUCUGAAGUCGCUGCUAUUGUCACCGACAUGCGCAUGCUACCGUCGUUCAUGGGUGGUGAGCCAUUCGAAGUUGGCGAGUUCGCGCAUACCCUUCGCAAACGCCUUAUGCGAGAGCAUCUCGGUGUUGACGUGGACGCUGUCUACCGCCGCGAGCAAGCUUCACGAGAACGCGAAGAGCAAGACGCCGAGAUGGCGCGCAUCUACCGGGAGGAGGUGGUGUCUCACAGUGAAGAGGCACUGGACUACUUUUCUGCUGGCAGGCCUAGCCAUCUUGCAGUGCCGGAGCAGCUGGCGCCAGCGUCGCGAAAUUUGGAGACCAGCUCUAGCUCUGAAGGGAACGUUAGCAACGGCCUCGACGGCACGACCAGGGUUGGGUCCAAAACGAGCUUGGGAACUCACUCGGACAAGGAGCGGCGUGGGAAUGUGAGCAAGAUGGAGCAUCAGCACGAUCUGGAUGUUGAUGGCUUUGGAUUUGACAAUAUGAGGGCUUUGAACGAUGCGGGCGAUGUUGGUUUGACGGAUUCGUUCAUUGAUGCUCGCGGCCGUGAGAUCCUUCUCAAAAAAGAUGCGCCUGACGCUGAGCGUGUCCGCAAUUUUGAGAAGCAUGAGCAGACACAGACUGCACAGCAGGAGGAAGAGAAGAAGCUUGCUGAAGUGCCAUCCAUACAGCCGCCUUAUCUGACGGAGAGAACAGACACCUACGCCCUGGGUUUGGCUCCUCGACACACACUGCCGGAACUGCCUGCAAUGGACGACACAGACAUCGGCGGCCCAGCACUCACGCGCGGCGAAUCAAGCCUAGCCAACCGUGGCAAAUUCAUCAACCCGCUCUUCCACACCCUCCGUCGUCCCGAAGUCAACGAAGACUGCAUGACCGACCCCCUAACCGCAACCUUCUACCACGACAUCUGGCACGCCGUCGCGGAGAACAACACCAAGAUCUACCGCGCCGUCUUCCGCUGCAUGCCCGACAGCGAAGUCACGGACUGGCGCACGUACGAGCGCUUCAACGAGUACAACGAGCGCUUCAUGGCGGCCCAAGGGCUCGGGCAAAGCACGCCGAAAUCCCCUAAGGACGCGCCUGAUAAGAGCGGGCCGCCUGGUUCGGGGGGCACGGAGACGCUGAGCUCAUUGAGUGAUGUUGCGCAGAACGUGGCGUCGAGUAUGGCGAAUAAUGAUAGUAGUGGUAGGGUCAGAUCGAAGAGUGUUUUGAGUGGGCUAGUGGAUAAGUUUAGGCCUGGGAGCAGGAACGACGAGUUGACGCAUGUGGAGGAGAUGCAUGAGGAGGAGAAGGCGAAUGAGCCUUUGACGGCUCGCAGCUCACCUGCUUCGGGGGCUUCGAGUGUACCCACCGCUGUGCCGUCGCCUCAGCCGGGGGCGGUGGACGAGAAGGAGGCGCAGAAGGUUGCUGAUCAGGCUGAGCAGCCGCAGGAGUCGAAGGCUGCGCCGGAGCAGAUGGACGAGAAGCAGGCUGUCAAGGAGGAGGAUUUCGCGAACGUGGAGCGCAAGCGGACGGUGCAGUACUCGGAGAACGUGAACAAUGCUUCCGAGACCACGGCCACUCAGUCAAAUCCCAUGGGCAGCCAGAAGAGGCGGCGACGUGGGACGACGAAAAGUAAUGGUCGUCCGACUGUCGAGGAAGUCAUGGGGAGGGAGGAGGCGGAGGCGCUGUUGAAUAUGAUACAGGGGCAUCUCGUGCUUUGGCCUCAUGAGUGGCUCGAGAAGGAAGAACGAGGCGGCAACUGGCUUUACAACAUCGAUCAACUGGCGCCGUUGGAGAUUUACGAUUAG